GGAGGAAGUUCCGAGCUUGGGUGACCUGUGGGCGUCCUCCUCGAGCUCCCGGCGACACCGGCGGUAUAGCUUGGGACACUAGACUAGGGAAUGCCCAGUAACAGGAAUUCUUAGGAAAUUAUUUUAUACAGCCAUCUUGUGAGACCAUUGCACAAAUCAAGUGAUGAUCAUACAGAGAGUGGUGUUGAAUUCCCGACCUGGGAAAAAUGGAAACCCAGUGGCAGAGAAUUUCAGGGUGGAAGAAUUCAGUUUACCGGAUACUAUCAAUGAAGGACAAGUUCAAGUGAGAACUCUUUUUCUCUCUGUGGAUCCUUACAUGCGCUGUAAGAUGAACGAAGACACUGGCACUGACUAUCUGGCACCGUGGCAGCUGGCGCAGGUGGUUGAUGGAGGAGGAGUUGGAGUUAUAGAGGAGAGCAAGCACCAGAAGUUGGCUAAAGGCGAUUUUGUGACUUCCUUUUACUGGCCCUGGCAAACUAAGGCAAUUCUAGACGGGAAUGGCCUUGAAAAGGUAGACCCACAACUCGUGGAUGGACACCUUUCAUAUUUUCUUGGAGCUAUAGGUAUGCCUGGCUUGACUUCCUUGAUCGGGGUACAGGAAAAAGGUCAUAUAUCUGCUGGAUCUAAUCAGACAAUGGUUGUCAGUGGAGCAGCAGGUGCCUGUGGAUCUUUGGCUGGACAGAUUGGCCACCUGCUUGGCUGUUCCAGAGUGGUGGGAAUUUGUGGAACGCACGAGAAAUGUCUCUUUUUGACCUCAGAGCUGGGGUUUGAUGCUGCAGUUAAUUAUAAAACAGGGAGUGUGGCAGAGCAGCUUCGAGAAGCAUGCCCGGAUGGAGUGGACGUUUACUUUGACAACGUUGGAGGCGACAUCAGCAACGCGGUGAUAAGUCAGAUGAAUCAGAACAGCCACAUCGUUCUGUGUGGUCAAAUCUCUCAGUACAAUAAAGAUGUGCCCUACCCUCCUCCACUGCCCCCCGCUGUGGAAGCAAUCCAGAAGGAAAGAAACAUCACAAGAGAGAGAUUUAUGGUACUGAAUUAUCAAGAUAAAUUUGAGCCUGGAAUUCUACAGCUGAGUCAGUGGUUUAAAGAAGGAAAGCUAAAGAUCAAGGAGACUGUAGCAAAUGGCCUGGAAAACAUGGGAGUUGCAUUCCAGUCCAUGAUGACAGGAGGCAACGUAGGGAAGCAGAUCGUCCGCAUUUCAGAAGAGCCUCCUCUGUAGUCUGGGGUAUCUUCAUCAAGGAAACCCUCCACUUUUCACUUCCCACAAAGAUUCUUAAGAUACAUUUAAAAAAUAAUCUUUCAAUACAGAUAGUUCUUGAUUCCA